GCGGGCGGGGUGCGGGGCGCGGCGCGGAGCGCAGCAGCAGGGCGGCAGGACUAUGAUCUCCUGGUGAUUGGCGGGGGAUCUGGCGGCCUGGCCUGUGCCAAGGAAGCUGCUCAGCUGGGAAAGAAGGUGGCUGUGGUAGACUACGUGGAGCCUUCCCCCCAAGGUACCAGGUGGGGCCUCGGCGGCACGUGUGUGAAUGUUGGCUGCAUCCCCAAGAAGCUGAUGCAUCAGGCAGCGCUGCUGGGGGGCAUGAUCCAAGAUGCCCCCCACUACGGCUGGGCCAUCCAGCCGGUCCUGCAUGACUGGAGGACGAUGGCAGAGGCCGUGCAGAACCACGUGAAGUCCCUGAACUGGGGGCACCGGGUCCAGCUGCAGGAUAGAAAAGUCAAGUACUUUAACAUCAAGGCCGGCUUUGUCAAUGAGCACACGGUUUGCGGUGUCGCUAAAGAUGGGAAAGAGACUCUGCUUUCAGCUGAGCACAUCGUCAUAGCUACUGGAGGGCGGCCGAGGUACCCCACUCACAUUGAAGGUGCCUUGGAAUAUGGAAUUACAAGUGACGACAUCUUCUGGCUGAAGGAAUCCCCUGGAAAAACGUUGGUGGUCGGGGCCAGCUAUGUGGCCCUGGAGUGUGCUGGCUUCCUCACCGGGCUCGGACUGGACACCACCGUCAUGAUAAGAAGCAUCCCCCUCCGGGGCUUUGACCAGCAAAUGUCUUCCUUGGUCACAGAAUACAUGGCCUCUCAAGGCACCCGGUUCCUGAGAGGCUGUACCCCCUCAAGAGUGCGGAGGCGCCCAGAUGGCCAGCUCCAGGUUACCUGGGAGGACCUCACCUCCGGCAAGGAGGACAUGGGCACCUUCAACACUGUCCUGUGGGCCACAGGUCGAAUUCCAGAAACCAGAAGUCUGAAUCUAGAGAAGGCUGGAGUAAACGUCAACCCCAACAGUCAGAAAAUCCUGGUCGAUGCUCAGGAAACCACCUCCAUCCCCCACAUUUAUGCCAUCGGAGAUGUAGCAGAGGGGCGGCCCGAGCUGACACCCACGGCUAUAAUGGCAGGAAAGCUCCUGGCCCAGCGGCUGUGCGGUCAGUCCUCAGACGUGAUGGACUAUGACAAUGUCCCCACCACAGUCUUCACCCCGCUAGAGUAUGGCUGUGUGGGGCUGUCAGAGGAGGAGGCCGUGGCUCGCCACGGAGAAGAGCAUGUGGAGGUUUAUCAUGCGUAUUAUAAACCGCUGGAGUUCACAGUGGCUGAACGGGAUGCAUCCCAGUGUUACAUAAAGAUGGUGUGUCUGCGGAAGCCCCCACAGCUGGUACUGGGCCUGCACUUUCUCGGCCCCAACGCAGGCGAAGUGACUCAAGGAUUUGCUCUGGGGAUCAAGUGUGGGGCCUCCUAUGUGCAAGUGAUGCGGACGGUGGGCAUUCACCCCACCUGCGCCGAGGAGGUGGCCAAGCUGCGUAUCUCCAAGCGCUCAGGCCUGGACCCCACUGUGACAGGCUGCUGAGGCUAAGCAGCCAUCCCUGCCAGACCAAGGGCACGCGGCUCACCUGCAGCCCCCCACAGCCAGGUUCUUCGGAGGCUCAGGGCCAGGUACACAGCUGGGGUAGGCUCUGUGUUUAAGGAUGGAACCGUGGGGGAAGGGGGGGUGCCACUGUGAACAACUCUCUCCAGGUACAUGGGAGACCACACCUGCCGUGCCACCUCAUGGGAGCCCUGUGCCCAGGCUGCAGGGGCUGAAGAAACGGGGCUGGGAAGGAGGCCAUGUGAGGGCCCCCCCUCUCCACAGGGUACCCCCAGCCACUGGCCUGGCUGCCAGUGCUCCCCAGAUGCAGGAAAUGUCUUGAGGCUGGGCUCACACCACAGUGGCCUGUCCCGGGGGUGGAGGGGGGACACUGGGUGUGGAAACCAUCCCCUGGCUGAGCUCAGUAGGCUGCUGGGUAGGAGGAGCAGGCCUCCGUCUCCAGCUUAGCUCCGUGCAGAGCAGUGCCGGCUCGUUUCUCUGUCGCCCAGAAGGUGGACACGCUGCCUUGUGCACGGCGGCUGCCCACACGUCUGGUUCUGUUAGAGCUUUGCAGAGUUAGGCUGGGCGGGCGGCCGGCGGAGGCUUCAGGUCUGUUCAUCCCAACGCUCUUCUGCGGGGGGAAGAAGUUAGCGAGUCCCUCCCUGACCCCUGCCCAAAAGUUGCAUGUCGUCAGGGCCUAUUCAGCUGAUCCUGUGAGAGCAUUCUCCAAGCUUCAGCAGCCCAACCUGGGGGGUCCCUUGUGGCUGUCAGCCCCUGCCGGGGUUGGGGUCCUGAGGGCUGAAGUAGACUAUAGACAGAGCAGUGAGCACCCCACAAGAUGCCCUCAAGCAGGCCUGAGGGGCUGAAUGGCAGGUAAGGGUCCCCUGGAUUUGGGCACAGGCCUGGGGCUUCUCUUGGGGGCACCCUGGGCACCUGCUCUACUGCAUCCCCCCAGCCAGGGCUGCCCAAGGGUAUGAACAAACAGAGGGCAUCCCAAGGAAACCCUUACCAGAAUAUCACAGCUAACAGAGCUGUUUUGUCAAGAGCCUGCUGUAAAUUUUUAUCCUUUCAAAAUACUUGUUAAUAGGGCGGCAUGCGUUCCCUGAGACGCAUCAGUCUGGUGAGGGCGGGGCUCUCUCUGGGGCCCGUUUCUCAUCUGUCCCUAGAGAAUCCUUGUGUGAGGGCAUGGGAGACAUGGCCUGGCAAAUGCAGGGAUGGCGGGACUACCCCAUGCUGACCCCCCCAUUCUUGUAGGACGCCGGAGGCUGAGCCCAGGCAAGCCUCACCCCCCCGUCUGGAGAGCCCCUGAGGUAGUCGGCGUGGGUGGCCUCUGGAUGGAGUGCUCGCGUGCCCCCGCAGGGAUGGCUCCAGGGGUCUUCAGCCCCUGCCCCUCGCACACCCUCCUGCCUGGGCCAGCCCCACCAGGCCCCUGAUGCCAGAAGAUGACGGUGUGCGCAGAAACCCACCCUGUGGGCUGCCCACAUCCGAGCCCCCCUGGCGUUUCUGGAGCGUAAAUAAAGAGGGUGUUUUCCUGA